GGAUUCGUAAUAUCGCUCCCGGGCAUUUGUAUCAGCUGUCAGUCAAACAAGAUGGCGCUGUAGGGAGCUAACACUAUUAUUUUCAGCGGUAAAACCUAAAACAUGGAGCGGUUUGUUUUAACUGUAAAAUGUCUCACAGAGAAUCUACUGCAGAGAAAGCUGACAGAUUAUGACGAGGUGAUAGAGAAACUCUUCUCUGAAGUCUCUGGCCUAGAGGAUUUCCCCAAAAUACCAGAUCCACAGCUUGAGGAGUGUGCCAUCCAGCUGUGGAACUGGGCAGUUACUAAGAAUGUGGGCACCUCUAUAUGUAAAAAUCAGAAAGCCAAAGUGCGUCAUGUCGCAUGCAGUCUUCUGUACUGCUGUGAGCCUGAGAAUCCAACAGAGGGCGUCAUCCGCAAGCAGAUCCUGAUGGCCAGCAAAACAGGGAGAACCUGGCUGGACUGCAAAAAUCCCCAGAUGGCAGAUAACUUCUUAAGGUUUGCUGUCAAGAGCCUGGAAACUCUCUAUGGCCAACUGACGUCCAGGGGUGACGGAGCAGAUGACAUCACUUCAUCCAAGGGGGAUGUAGAGAAGGAUCUGCUUCGCAUUCUCUCAUGCCAGGCAGAAUCGGCCUUAAGUCAAGGGAAUAACCAUGAGGCUGUGGUCUAUGUGCAGCGCUGUAAAGACAUGCUGCUGCGGCUACCUAAAGAUACUGCGUACCUCUCCCUUAUGUGUUACAACUUUGGAAUAGACACUUACAAUCUGAGAAAGUUUGAGGACAGCGCAUUUUGGCUGAGCCAAAGCUAUGAAAUUGGGAAAAUGAAUGUGAAAUAUGCCCCUGGAUCUGAAGUCCAGGCAAAGGUUUUGAGGCUCCUUGCUACUGUUUAUCUAGAGUGGGACUGUCAGGGGUUUCAGGAGAAGGCUCUUAAUGCUGUCAGCUUAGCAAACAAGGAAUGUGUGAGCGCCUCUGGGCUGUACUUAAAGAUCAGAAUACUCCUGAGAUGUGGGGCCGCAGAUGAUCAUAUCAGAGCAGGACUUAAUGAGAUGCUGGAAUCCAAGGUUUAUCUUGAAGUGUGUCUGAGCACAGUGAAACUACUCAUGUCUGAAGACAGAGAAGUGCUGGCAUUUGAGUAUUUGAAACGUGUGUGUCAGCACUUUGAGUCGUCCCCUGACCUGGGAACUGCUCUUGUCUUGCACAUUGAGCUACUGCUGCAGAGGGGCAAGGAGCUGUUGGGCAAACAGAAGAUAGAGGAUAUCAUCACUGGCCACUAUACAGGAAAACAGCUGACUCCACAGGCCCUCACUCGCCUACAUGUCAUGCUGUGGGAUAAAGCGUCCAAACAUUUUGAGGCCAAGAACUAUGCUGAGGCUCUUCAGUGGUAUAACUACUCGCUGAGUUUUUUCAAAGCAGGUCAAAUGGAGCCCAACUCAGCCAAACUGCAGAGGAACAGAGCUUCCUGUUUUCUGCAACUUAAGCAACUGGAAAAGGCCAAAGAAGCAAUUAAAGAAGCAGAGAGAUGUGAUCCUGACAGCAUUUUCACUCAGUUCAGUGUUUACAAGAUUGCAGUGCAUGAGAACAAUGUGGAAAAAGCUGCAGAGGCAGUGAAUGCGAUGGGACUUCUGUCCAAGAGUCGUGUUGCCAGUGAGGACGGACUGCUGGUUUCUGAGAACGCUGCUUCCAAUCUCCUCAGUCUGGCUGCUCAGAUUGCUUUGGAGGGCUCCAAAACCCUGUGUUUAGUCCUCAAGAACGAUGCUUGCAGCCUGGAGUUUGUGGGUGUGAAGCUGAUGAGGGAUCAUGUCUUAAACACUGCACUGAUCUGGGGAGGAUGGCAUGAUAACAGAUGUUUGGUUGUUUGUUACACAUUUCCAGGAAAAGCUCCUCAUUGGAAUGAACAGCAGGAAACUGCCAUGAAGGCUCUGGAGACCCUGUGUGAAAACUCCAAAGAUGAAGCUCAGGUUCUGACUGCUCUCAGGUGUUUGGUUCGACUUGUGCUCUCCACAGUAGAAAAAUCGAGUGAUGAGAUGAGGAAUGGGAAUCUGGAUGUCGUGCUGCCAUAUUUAAAAAUGGCGCUGCAGAAACUUUCUCAGCAGUCCUGCAUGACUGUUGAGCAACGUACAGAGGAAUCUAACUGGUUCAGGAAGAUUGCGUGGAACUCUGCUCUGCAGUGCGAGAAGAGCCCUGACAGAAUGAGGGAUUUCUUUGUGCUCUCUUUCCAGCUCUCCCAGCUGUGCCCUCCUGAUCGCACACUGCUCAUGGGCCAGAAGACAUGUCUGCUAAUGGCCGCCGCCGCCUCUCUGGAGAUCUGCAGGAAGUCUCUUCACUCUGUCCAGACUGAGGAGCUCACUCAGGCUCUGGAGCACAUUCAGAUCUGUUGGGAGGUUUGGAAAACCUUGAAAGCAUCAGGAAGCUCCCCAAUGGACCCAACAGACACACUGCUGCUGCUGUAUGAAUUUGAAGCUCGAGCUAAGCUGAAUGACCCCAAGGUUGAGACAGUACUGGAGUCUGUCUUGGAGCUUGAAAAUGUUGAAACCAAGGUGCUAGAGACCAUUGCAGCCUUAGCCAUGGAGCCUCCAGCCCACUUCCCUCUGCUGUGUAAGAAAGCGUUGAGGGUUGCUCUCUCCCUGCACAAGAAACAACCACAGGCUGACCUGGCCCGCUGCAGCAAGUGUGUCCACAGCUUGAUCAAGCUGUCCCUCCCAAGCGGUGUGUCAGAGGUGGAGGCCCAUGUGCUCGAGGAGGUGUGGGACUACUACGAGGAGGCCCUGUCCAUCAUUGCAGCCGCACCAGACGACUUCCCAGAGAUGGAGACCCUGUGGCUGCUGACUCGGGCUUGGAACACAGGGAUUUUGCUGUACAGCCUGGCUCAGUACCCCGAGGCUGAGAAGUGGUGUGGCCUCGCAAUGAGCUUCAUCCGCCACCUUGGAUCACUGCAGGAGAGCUACGAGACACAGAUGUCUGGUCUCUACAGUGAAAUCCUGGACAGGUUGGACAAAGCCAAGAAGAACCUCAUCAUGGAGGAGUAAGCCAACAGGGACAGGUCAGCUGUGGUCAGCCGGGGGUAACUGCUUGUUCUGAGGGUCAAUUUAAAUUGAAUCCGUUCUAUAAGUUGCAGAUAAAUGUUAUUAAUGUUGUGGUAAAAUGUUCAUCAGAUGUUCCAGUUUGGUAAAGUGAUGCUUUAAAUCUGUAUAAUUGUGUUGAGGGGUUAAGACACAUACCACAUUCGUUUCAGCUUUUAUCCCCCCCCCCAUGCUACCUGUCUCUCUCUAAUCUCCUGUCAAAAAAGGCUAAAACAUCAAUA